AUGCAUUUCGCCAAGACAUCUGUGGCCGCCCUCACGGCCGCCCUCUUGGCCGCUACCUCAGCCUCUGCUGCUGUCGUUACGAAACGCGAUGAGACCUGGACUCUCGAUGGACUGCACCGUGACUGUGCCAAAGAUGGUAGCCAUUGCACCUGGAGCUUCGACAUCGACAACAAAGCCGGCGAGAAGGCUCCUUGCAAACAUAUUGUCAAGUCUCAAGGCGGGAAGCCAGCAUCGCAGUCUCACGGCGGGCCUACCUUCUGCGGCGUUUACCGACUCGAAUCUUCCUGGGAUAACUCCAACGGUCCUGACAAAGCCUUCAGUGUAAUCGGUGUGCUGGAUCAAAGCAGAAAGGUUAUUGGCUUUUUCGGCUAUGAUGAUGCGGAGGUUGCUGAUGGACGGGUUGUUACUCCUGAUCAUACCUCCGUUAUCAAGCCCUUUAACCAGAAGUCCAUCCUUUAA